UAUUAUGAUGGGCGUUUCGUUCCUGCUCCUUGACACGUGACAUGUCGUCAUCAAUACACGCCCCCAGAGGAAGUGCGCCAAACUGGGCUUCCUGUCCAUUUUUAGUUUGGUUAAUUACUGAUACAUUUGUUUAUUUUUCUUUAAGGAAAGCCUACAGACAAGCUCAGCAUACUUUUAAACUCAGAAACGGACAAAAUCUUUGGUUUUUAGAAUUGAUAUGCUGGCACCGCCAAUCCCUACCAUCAUGCCGGCUCUUCUGGAGAGGCCUAAACUGUCUAAUGCCAUGGCACGUGCCUUGCACAAGCACAUUAUGAGAGAGAGAGAGCGGAAGAGGCAAGAGGAAGAAGAGGUUGACAAAAUGAUGGAGCAGAAACUAAAAGAAGAGGAAGAGAGGAAGAGGAAGAAAGAGAUGGAGGAGAGAAUGUCUUUAGAGGAAACAAAAGAACAGAUAAUGAAGAUGGGAGUGAAGCUGCAGGGUCUUCAGGAGGAGAAGCAUCAGCUUUUUCUGCAGCUGAAGAAAGUCCUACAUGAGGAAGAGAAAAGACGACGCAAAGAACAGAGUGACAUGACAACUCUGACUUCGGCAACAUACCAGCCUAAUAUGGCCAUGCACUCUGGGCAGCACCUUCUCAGCAUGCAAGGGGGUCAGGUUAGUCAUGGGCGUCCAGGUGCUCUUCUUGGGGAACGGAGCAAACAGCUCUUCCAGUCUCAAGUCAUUCCUACGCGUCAUUUCCAGUCUCAGCCGGGGUUCAGUGCAGGUGGAACAGAGCACGGCCAGUAUUCUGGAGGCCAGCCGAGUCACAGCCCGUAUGGAGUCACUCAGCCGCAGCAUACAUCACCUUUUGCCUCCAGCCAGCCAGUGCCAGCCAACUAUGCCAGUGGUUCACAACUUAGAGGUGCAUCAGCAUUCCAGGCCAUGACGUACCUGCCCCAUCAGCAGCAGGGCUAUGCGGUCCACAGUCAUUUCACCUCUCAGCCUGGUUACAUCCCCAGUGCUGGAAUUCCCCUGCAGAAACAGUUGGAACAUGCUAACCAGCAGUCCGGUUUCACAGACUCGAGUCCAUUGAGGCCCAUGCAUCCGCAGGCUCUGCAUGUGAGCGCUGCAGGUUUACUGCCUACUCCCUCUAUUGCUGUCCAGAUCCCUCCUGGCAAGUCUGGCUUACCAUAUGCACAUCCACCAAGGCCAGCUUCCCCAGGCGCAUUCACGCAUGGAACGCCCUCACAACAAGCACAUGCAGCUACAUUUCAAAGCUCUUCUCAGCCAUCUCCUCGCCACACCUACCUUUCGCACAGCCAAGCAGGGCAGAGGUUUUACCACCAUGGCAAAUAGCUUUUAAUUUCAGUAUAAUGCAGAUAGAUGUUGAAAAAUAAGAUUCACCACUUAUACUUUGAAGGAUUUUUGAUUAAAGCUAAAUACCACACAAUGCUUUGCUAUUGAUUGGGUUAAUGUCACAUGCAAGUCAUUUUCUGUUAUUCUUCAGCUGGUAGACAUCCCUUUGCAACAGGAUUUGCCAUUUAUUUCAAUAUUACAGCCUGAGAGUUUAUUUUAUGCAUUUGAAGACGUGGACAACAGGUGUGCCAACAUUAGUAAAAUUAUAAUACUAUCACUAAAUGACACAACUAGAGUUAAAUUGGGACCGCCUAGAUCUUGCAUUAACACUGAUGAAUGCACCUUUUCUCCAAUUCAGAUUUCAUAUGAUUUUAAAUUGUAAAUGUAAUGUUUUUAGCCAACCUACUGAAUUUAACAAAAUUGCAAUGAAAAACUAAUUUUAUGAAUAAUCUGUUUAAAAGAGCUUGUUAAAACGGUAAUAAAUAGUUGUGUAGAAAAAAACUUUUUAUUUA